AACAGCUUUCACAAGAUGUUGGGUGCUAAAGGUGGCGCGCUGCCGUUGGCUUCCUUGAAUCACAUCUCCUUGGUCUGCAGAUCAGUGGAGAGAUCACUUGACUUUUACCAGAAUGUGCUCGGCUUCCUCCCCAUCAGGAGGCCGGGAUCCUUCGAUUUUACUGGUGCCUGGUUGUUCAACUACGGAAUCGGCAUCCACUUAUUGCAAUCUGAAGACCCCGAGAAGAUGCCGAGGAAGAGGGAGAUUAACCCCAAGGACAACCACAUCUCCUUCCAGUGCGAGAGCUUGAGCCUGGUGGAGGGGAAGCUGAAAGAGAUGGGAAUCCCUUACAUCCAACGUCGAGUGGAGGAAGGUGGGAUCUACGUGGACCAGCUAUUCUUCCAUGACCCGGACGGCUUCAUGAUCGAGAUCUGCAACUGCGACAACCUCCCGGUUAUCUCGCUUUCCGGGGAGCCCAUCAUGGCCUGCAAGAGAGUGAUGAGCCUUUUUCCUCAGCAACAGCAGCAGCAGGCGGCGCUCCAGCUGUAGCCAAGCAGCAACGACAAAUGGUGCUGCAGUGUGCGCCACCAUCCAUCCAUGCAUGUCAAGGAUGCGUCCUGCGCAUGCAGACGAUUGCCUUCUGUAUACCUACCGAGUCUUUCGCGCAUUUGGAAUUCUCCUUUGUAGUAGCAAUAAAGGUUGUAUCAGUCUGUGGACAGGCUGCGACUUCGUAAUGUAAUGUUCAUCAUCUUUUGGAUGAGAAUGCAACUUCUACGUCUAAUUCUUUCCACGACGAUGACAGGAAUCUGAUUAUAUUUCCUA